GAAAUGAUCGUGCUGUCGUUUCUAUAUUGUGCAGAAACAUUUUAGGGAAUGUAAUCAACUGUGUCGGACAAAAGAAUAAUCCAUUAAGCAUAGUACCAAUAGCAAUAAACAUCAAAUAUUCUACGAGUGGCAUAUGGACUGACUCUGAUAGUCUGUACAUGGAUUUCUAUUUUUAGAAUAUUGGGAAACAAACAAACAUGUGAACUAUACUCAGUAGAUAUAUUAUACAGUAUGUAUGUCAGUGAGUAACGGGAAAAUAUUUCUGGAAUCAACAAGUCUGAUUUAAGUUUUGAGUAUUUUAAUCAUUAUAUUGUCAUCCAGGAAACAAAAGGAUUGUUAAAAGAAUGAGAUUUGUGAUUAAACCGCACUUUCAAUAUAAUUGUUUUUAUUAGAAAGUUAUUUUUAACCAAAAUGAGAUUACUACUGACUGCAUGUAUACUGGUAUGGAAUAUUGUGGUGUCUCAGCUUGCAAAGGCAGGCGACCCGGUGAUGGAAACAACCAAACAUAUCCAAAUCAGUCUCAUCCAAGGCAAAACUGCCAUUCUUCCAUGUAUGAUCAGUUUCAGAGACGUAGAUGAUGACGACAAAAGAAAGUAUUCGGUUAUAUGGACUGACAGAAGAGGCCGCACGAUUAGUAUCAACGAGAGGGUAAUGACAAACCACCGAAAGUUUGAGAUCUCCCAUCCCUACCCUAAUGAAUGGAACUUGAAAGUAAUCCGCGUACGCAACACAGACAGUGGGGAAUACAAAUGCCAAGUGAACACGGAUCCUGUCCAGACCAAAGUUGUCGUUCUGAUUGUACAAGUUCCGCCGAGAAUAUACAGCUCGGAGAGCGUAGAGGUGAAGGAGACGGAACGGCUGGUUAUAUACUGUAAUGUUACUGGUGAUCCCCCGCCCACAGUACGGUGGUACAAGGAAAACGAAAAUUUACCACAGUACAGCGGAGAGGUUCUUGUGAUUGAAAAAGCACUGCGCAAUGAUUCUGGUAUUUAUAAAUGUGAGGCAGAAAAUGGAAUAGAACCUUCAGACUCGGAAGAUAUUACUGUCGACGUUUUAUAUGCACCAACGGUACAAUUGUCUACCAAUCGAAUCAGCCAGUAUCGGUAUAAAUCCAUUGUUCUAGACUGUAAUGUAAUAGCAAACCCGAAAGAAAAGGUCAGCUGGUAUAAAAACGGGAAACCUCUUUAUACAAACUGGAAAUAUAAGAUUGAGGAAUUUGGUCAGUCGGACGGAAGUCGGACACACACUUUGGAAAUAGGGUACCUAGAGAGGUUGGAUUUUGGUGAUUAUGUCUGCAUGGCUAUAAACUCAGCAGGGACCGCAUCUGAAGUUGUUACUGUGGCGGAAAUAACAACAAGUACAGCAGUUACAAAAACUGAAGACCCAAGAACAACAUUGAAACCGGGCAAACCAACUGCAGUAACUACACCAGACUUUGAGAAAAUUUCUUCCAGUAGAAUAUCGUUGUCGUCAUCGACAUCUGACAGUGUCAGUUACAUUCCAGACAAAUCAGAGCAGAAAGAUAACGUAGUUGUAGUGCCUGACAGUUCUUCCAGAGCCUCUUUUUGCGGGAACAUACAGCUGUCUGUUAGCAUUGUGUUGAUAUUUAUUUUUCUAUGACGCUUCAAGUGAUGUACGACUGGUGAUAUCGCAAAAAACGGGUCAUUCCGUAAGGAAUCCGAAAAGUUACGGAGGACCCGAGUAUGUGCCAAAUGUCUUUGUUGUUGAACUGUGUUAAACAUUGAAAUCCACUUUACGUCUGAAUUGUUCGCAUUGUUGUAUACAGUUUUGUAUAUCAUUUGGCAAUUUAACCCAGUUAAUUUAGCGGAAAUAUGUUACAUACAUUAUAAGAAUUUCCCUCCCCUAAAAACAGAAACACUUGCGAAUAGAUUCUCAUUUUCAUCGCGCUCUAAGCUGCAUUAUUUUGAAUGAUAUUUACUUGAUGUACGGAAGUCAAAAUACGUUUUAACUUUGUGAACAUUCGUCUGUUUAGGAAUUAUGUUAACGUAGUCUGCACAACUUCAUUCAUGUCGACAAAAGAUUUUUUUAUUUUUCUUAUCUUUCUAAUUCUUCAGUUUUAAUUAUUAAACCAUUAUCUGUAUUUUGAAUAAAUGACAAUCUGUUAAGUUCGGGAUUUUAACAUUAUACCUCAAAAUUUCGGAAAGGGUAAAAUGGUGAAGAAGAGGAAUACUGUAAUUUUAGAAUCUUUUUCAGUCAGGAAUGCGUAUUUCUUUAUCGGCGGAAUUGAACAUUUCUGUUUUCCUUACCACAUCAUCUCAGUUACAUUAUUAUUAUGUUAUGGUGAAGAACAUAGCUUGGUAAUAUUUGUGUAAUUGCAUGCUAACCGGGAAAAUAAUUGGUUUUCAUGUGUUCUGCGCAACACCCUAGUUACAUCUGUAUGCCCCCGGUGUCGAAGACCCGUGGGCAUAUAAUAGUGUUUAACUGUCCAUCCGUCCGUUCGUCCUUCACACUUCCUUGUGUUCUCAACUUCUUCUAAAGUUUUUAUCCAAUUGAAAUGAAACUUUGUAUAUAUCAUCGACAUUAGGUGAACAUACGCAUAUUGUCAGGAAUAUCUUAUCUCAUUAUUAUACUAGUAUUUAGUUAUCUCCCUUUUUGGACUAAACCGUGUCACAACUACAUCUGUACCGUGUACAGUCAGACACGUCCUACAGUUAUAUAUACUUGAUAUCCAUCAUCAAUAUGAAGUAUACAUGCACAUAUUGUUGGGAAUUUCAUGUCAGAUGUUUUUUUUUUGUUUCAAGCUCACCCUCUUUUAUACUUUAUUCUAUCAAAUAUUUUCAUGGGUAGGACAUGCGUGUUAUACAAUUUUUGACAUAUUUCUUGUUGUCUGCGAAAAAUGUAUUUGCACGUGUCGAAAUGUGGAGUGUAAUAAUAGUUUUACUAAUAAAAGAAAAUUCUACAGUGAUCCCAGUGCAAAAACCCCACAUUAUGUGUUUGUUUUUAAUCAUGAAUGUAUCCUGAUUAAACAAUGUCUGAACAAAGGUGGACUACUAAAAUUUCUUCACUGCGGUUCAAGUCUGUUAUAUUUACCUCCCUUACGUUUAUUCAUUAUUCACAUACUUUAUUACUUCAUAAAUAGACAUUCUGGGGGUUGUUGCAAAAGUGACUUAACGCUGUUUUAGUCUGCUGGAUACCUUUAUAAUAUAAUUCAGCAUUUAUAUGUCUAUAUUCAUUGUCGCUAUUACGUGCAUUAUGUUAUAUUCUCUUGUUAGUUUGCAUUUUGUGGACAGACCCCGCCGUUUAUUUUUCAAACUUGACAACGGAUUAGAUAAAUAUAGCAUAAAUACUCAUGGUCGAGCCCCAGAUACCAGACCAGAACGAAAAUGCUAUUAGAAUAAACAUACUCUACCUCUAUGUAAAAAGAGAGAGAUACCGCCGUGAAAUCACCCCCCCCCAAAAAAAACCCCCAAAAAACAACAACAACAACAAAAAAAAACAACUUAAAAACACGCUGAUAAAGCACUUGACAAAACACACUUUUCUCUUCAGCCGUUUAGCUGUCCGUCUUUCAUAGCAGAGGAAUUCCGAGAAAAAACCUUAAUAAGUUAGGUUACUUUUUCCUGAAAGCUAUGUGUAGAUGGGGGCGAAACGUGAAAACAAACAAAAACUGAAGAAAGUUGUCUUAAAAUGAUUCAGAACAGGGAAUCAUAUAUUGGUUCUCUUUUAUUCUACCUUUUUAUCAAGAAACGCACUUCACAUAUUUGUAGUUAAUAAAUACCUUUCAGCGUACACGUUUAGUUGAAACAAUAAUUGAAACACUCUUUCUUAUCAGUCAGAAUAUCUGUUGGUUUAAACACAUUUUUUCCAAACAAUACACAUAAUUAUAUUUAUAUACUAACAUUACUAGUACAGUUGAUGGAAAGGAUUAAAACGAAAGACAAGUCUUAAAGAGUAAAAGAGUUCUUCUCCUAGAAUAUCUGUUGUCUUCUUUACCGAAUGUAAAAUGAAAAGUCGAGGUAAACUUGAAAUAAACAAAGUUUCUUUGCGAUUAGUUGGACAGGCACACGACUCAAGACAAAAAAAACAA